CCCUCUCACUCCCAUUGCUUUUUAUUCCUUUCCCGUCCGGCCGUCUCUCCCCGCGCGCGCACACCAUACAGAAACCAAACGCCAAGAGCCCAAGACGCCAAGCGAUCGAUCGAGAGAGCUUAACCCCGGUCCUGUAUCUGCGAGUGGGAAAGGGGGCCGGUGCAACUUUUCCUCGAUUCCUUGCACGUCAGUGGCCGGGCGCUAUAUAUACAGAGAGUCCGGGACCAAUGGAGAGGAGCUGGUUCGGGUGGAGGAAGGCCAAGAAGGGCGGCGGCGGUGGUGGCGGUAGCAAGGAGGACAAGCGGACGAAGGUGGUGGUGGACGGGUCGGGGAUACGGGACCUGGUGGAGGACAGGGAGGCGUUCGGCAUGUUCGCCGACACCAAGUUCGACCAGCUCGACGCCGACGGCGACGGCAGGCUCUCCGCGCGGGAGCUGGAGCCCGCCGUGGCCGACAUCGGCGCUGCGCUCGGCCUGCCCGCGCAGGGCUCCUCGCCCAACGCCGACCACAUCUACUCCGAGGCUAUGAGCGAGCUGACCCAUGGCCAUGGGAACCAAGAGGGUGUGACCAGGGCAGAGUUCCAAGAGGUCCUGUCGGACAUUCUCCUUGGCAUGGCGGCCGGGCUCAAGAAGGACCCGAUCGUGAUACUGCGCAUCGACGGCGAGGACCUCAGGGACUUCGUGUCCAGCCCCAGAUAUAAUCCGGCAGCUGCUGCCAUCUUCUCACAGGUUGGGUCCGAAGAUGCUACUCUCCGGGAAUGUUUGCUAGCUGCUGUUCAGCAGCUCCGUGUCGACCAUGGAAUGCCCCCAGCUACUGACCCUUGGAUCGCAGACAACAUCGUGGAACCGGCGUUGAAGCAACUCCCCGCCGAUCAGCUUGAGCAACCGGCAUCCCGGGAAGUCUUCUUUGAGCAGCUCAAGAAGCUCCUGGGCGAUGUCACGGAACGGCUUCAGGAGCAGCCUGUGAUCGUUGCGCACACUGAGAACACCUUCGACGGGAGCGGUGUCAGGAGGCUGCUGUCAAACAAGUUCGAGCUGGACAAGCUGUUGGAUUCUGUGUGGAGAAACGUGCCUAAGGAACACGAGAAGAAAGCGUCCAAGGAACAGCUGCGAGUUGCACUCGAUAAGAUGGCUGAUGCAGCAAGCUUACCACCUCAUGGCGCUGUCAAUCAGGUGGAUGCCGUAGUGAAUGAGGCGCUCAAGAAGGCGAAUGCUGACGACCGAAAGGAGGUAGACGAAGCGGAGUUCAAGAAACUGCUGAUAGAGGUGCUUGGGGCCGUGAUGCUGCAGCUGAACAGCCAACCGAUCUUCUUUUCCACCAGCACCGUCGUCCACGAGCCACUGUCCACUUCAUCCAACUUGUUGUCGUCGCCGGCGGUGUCAGCACCGCCGAGCGAGUAAAGGAGUACGCAUACGAAAGGGUAAAUAUGAGAGUGGGCUAUAAAGCCUCUCUGUAACAGUGCCUGUCGUGAUGGUUCUUUUUAUCUGAUCACGGCAUUCAUGCUUUGCUUGGUCGCAACCUGACGGAAUGCAACGAUGCAUUCGUCAGGUUUGUUCGCCUGGUUGAUGUAUAACUUUAGAAUAAGGCUUUCAAAGCCAGACACAUUGUCAAUGGUAAAUGCAAGUAGUUUGGGAUUGCAUAA